GAGGCGGCGGCGGCGAUGGAGGUGAAGCGGCUGAAAGUGACCGAGCUACGGUCGGAGCUGCAGCGACGGGGUCUGGACUCGCGCGGCCUCAAGGUGGAUCUGGCGCAGCGGCUGCAGGAGGCGCUGGACGCCGAGAUGCUCGAGGACGAGGCUGGCGGUGUCGGGUCCGGGCCCGGCGGGGCCUGCAAGGCGGAGCCUCGGCCUGUAGCCGCGCCGGGCGGAGGCCCGGGCGGGGACGAGGAGGAGGACGAAGAGGAGGAGGAGGAAGACGAGGAGGCACUGCUUGAGGACGAGGACGAAGAGUCACCUCCUGCUAAGGCUUCGGGCCAGGCCGCGCAGCCGCCGCCGGAGCCCCCGGAGGCGACAGCCGAACAGGCCGCGGCCGACCCCGAUGCUUCCGAGCAAGCGGCGGAGGCCACUGCCGGGUCAGGUGGGGUAAAUGGUGGCGAAGAGCAAAGCACUGACAAGAGGGAGGAAGACGAGCCCGAGGAGCAGAACGGGGACGAGACUCCGGAAUCCGAGGCGCCGGGUGACAAGGCUGCAGAGGAACAGGGAGAUGACCAAGAUAGUGAAAAGUCAAAACCAGCAGGCUCAGAUGGUGAGCGGCGGGGGGUAAAGAGACAGCGGGAUGAGAAGGAUGAACAUGGCCGAGCUUACUAUGAAUUCCGAGAGGAGGCUUACCACAGCCGCUCAAAGUCUCCACCGCCCCCUGAAGAAGAGGCCAAAGAGGAGGAGGAGGAUCCAACUCUUGUGAACCUGGACACAUAUACCUCGGAUCUCCAUUUUCAAGUGAGCAAAGACCGCUAUGGAGGGCAGCCACUUUUCUCAGAGAAGUUUCCUACCCUUUGGUCUGGAGCAAGGAGUACUUACGGAGUGACAAAGGGGAAAGUCUGCUUUGAGGCCAAGGUAACCCAGAAUCUCCCAAUGAAAGAAGGCUGCACAGAGGUUUCUCUCCUUCGAGUUGGGUGGUCUGUUGAUUUUUCCCAUCCACAGCUUGUUUUUCUAGGUGAGGAUGAAUUCUCUUAUGGGUUUGAUGGACGAGGACUUAAGGCAGAGAAUGGACAGUUCGAGGAGUUUGGCCAGACUUUCGGGGAGAAUGAUGUCAUUGGCUGCUUUGCGAAUUUUGAGACUGAAGAAGUAGAACUCUCUUUCUCCAAGAAUGGAGAAGACCUUGGUGUGGCAUUCCGGAUCAAUAAGGAAUCCCUGGCCGACCGGGCCCUCCUACCCCAUGUCCUCUGCAAAAAUUGUGUUGUAGAAUUAAACUUUGGUCAGAAAGAGGAGCCCUUCUUCCCACCACCAGAAGAGUUUGUGUUCAUCCACGCUGUGCCUGUUGAGGAGCGGGUGCGCACUGCAGUCUCUCCCAAGACCAUAGAGGAGUGCGAGGUGAUUUUGAUGGUGGGACUCCCUGGAUCUGGAAAGACCCAGUGGGCGCGGAAAUACACAAAAGAAAACCCUGAGAAAAGAUACAAUGUUCUGGGAGCUGAGACUGUGCUCAGUCAAAUGAGGAUGAAGGGGCCUGAAGAACCAGAGAUGGACCCCAAAAGUCGAGACCUUUUAGUUCAGCAAGCCUCCCAGUGCCUUAGUAAGUUGGUCCAAAUUGCUUCCCGGACAAAGAGGAACUUCAUUCUUGAUCAGUGUAACGUGUAUAACUCUGGCCAACGGCGGAAACUAUUGCUGUUCAAGACCUUCUCUCGGAAAGUGGUGGUGGUUGUCCCUACUGAGGAGGACUGGAAGAAAAGGCUGGAGUUGAGGAAGGAGGUGGAGGGAGAUGAUGUACCUGAGUCAAUAAUGCUAGAGAUGAAAGCCAACUUCUCUCUGCCUGAAAAAUGUGACUAUAUGGAUGAGGUGACAUACGGAGAGCUGGAGAAGGAGGAGGCUCAGCCCAUUGUCACUAAGUACAAGGAGGAGGCAAGGAAGCUGCUGCCCCCCUCUGAGAAGCGGACAAACCGCCGAAACAAUCGAAACAAGCGCAACCGGCAAAACCGAAGUCGAGGCCAAGGCUACAUGGGCGGGCAGCGCCGAGGCUACGACAACCGGGCCUACGGGCAGCAGUACUGGGGGCAGUCUGGAAACAGAGGGGGUUACCGUAAUUUCUACGAUCGAUACAGAGGGGACUAUGAUCGAUUCUACAGGCGAGAUUAUGAGUACAACAGAUACAGAGACUAUUGCAGACAAUACGAUCAGGAUUGGCAGAAUUACUACUACCACCACCACCCCCAGGACAGAGACCGAUACUACAGGAACUACUACGGUUACCAAGGGUAUCGGUGAAGCCCCUGCCAUUGUCGCCUAUCAGCCAUGAAGCUGAAUCUCUGGGGGUGCCAGGCACCCGCCAAAAUACAACCAAGGAAAACAGGGGCUGUUGGGGUGGGGCUGAGCU